AUGUCAUCCCGGCGUGGAAGUGGAAGAGGAAGAAGAGCUGACAGCAGCAACCCAGACUUUCUCUGGAUCAACCGCACUGCCGACUCGGAGAGACUACACCCCAGUCGAGACCAGCGAGACGAGCUACGAACCAUCACCAGCCAUGCCAGAAAUUGGCGUGCCUCCUUGAGACGUCAGCAGAGGCUAUACACCGCGCAGACCGAAGCUAGUCAUGUCCAAAGCCUCGUGGGCUGGGGCCGACCCAGACACAGCAUCGUUGUCUCAGACAGCAGUUCCGUCGAAACAUCGGCCUCCCCAUCCCCGAUAAUGCCAACAGCCCAGACGACAGGCGACCGGCCAGAAUCGAUUUCGGUCGCGUACUUGGAAACGCCGGCUGACGCCAGGUGGUCCCGGACUGCUUUCCGGUAUGCUACGCAGGUCUGGCUUCCUUUUGUGUUUGACCAUGUGGACGUCCUGGACGAAACACUCGGAGUGUCCGGGUCUACACAGGCCACGAUGGACUACAUUAUCCAAGGCUGCAUGGCGGACCGCAUGCACAUGUAUUCGCUACUUGCAGCAAGCAUGGCUUUCCAGAAAUAUGUCAUACGACUCCAACUUGAUGAACACGGCAUCCCGGAAUACUGUAUGGGCAAGGCUCUCCAAUCUCUACGAUAUCACUUGGCGAGCAACCCCCAAGUGGACGAACAUCUCGUCUUCGACCUUGAAGCACUUGCAACGUUCGAGAGAUACGUGCAUAACUUCGAAGGAGCACGGGCCCAUCUCGUCAUGGUCCAGCAUCUGGUAGAAUCGAUGGGCGGUCUGUCCAUGCUCCGUCCACCCAUGCGCCCGCUGUGCUGGCUAGCAGACCUGGCUGUGGCCGGCGGUCUCGGAGAAUCUCCUCUGCUGCCUCUGAUAUGGGAAUCAGAUCCAGGCACCCUCCCGCGCGAGCAGAUGACGGAUGAAAUCCUCUCGGAUUUGCAACGAGGCGGAUGCAUCCCAGGGGGCUCAGCCUUGCUUCAUUACGCGAGCAUGGUUCAUCCGACACUCUCCCGACUCAUCGUCGAUACAGUUCAAUGGUUCCACGUCCAGCAGCACUUACAUCUACACAACUAUACUCAACCAGCGAUGCAAACAUGGGCGACACGACAAGCCUAUAUCCUAGUUCAUCGUCUCCUGUCUUGGUCAGCAGACACGCGCGCCACGACAGAGCAUGAGAUCCUACAACGGCUUCUUUCAGAGGGUAUCAAACAAGCUAUUCUGCUUGUGGUCUCCGACAUCUUUCAGAAGACGAAUCGUAUUGCCACGGCGAAUCCAGAACCUUUGCGAGAUCCAACAAUGCAUGCAUGGUCAACUGUCUCACGGCUUCGAUCCCAACUGAUGCGGAUCGCCAAUCACCAUCCAACAAUGGCAGAAGCCGAACAGUAUGAGGAACUGGUCCUGUGGAUGACAUGCUUGGGUCUACAGCAAGCCACACUACCAGAAGAAAUAGAGACCCAACACGACCGUGGCCGAGACCGAGAUCCCGACCGAGAUUGGUUCGCGAGUCUCGCCGCUCGCCUAGCACAGAGACAACAUGUCACGACCACAGACGAGUUGCUCCAAUUUCUGGUUCGGUACCUGCAUCGGUGCGACUCUACGGGACGACCUGAUAGAAGGGAACUAGAAAUCAUUCUGGAGACAUGA